AUGGCUCCGUGGCAGACUCACACGUGCCCCUCAGACGACACCUUUGGGCCGAUAGUUCAUGGGUGUCGCGAUGACUUUGAUUUCACCCUCCUGUUUGAACACCUUUUUUUCACCAUUGUCCCAUGUGCAAUAUUCAUCUUUGCUUCCUCUUACAAAAUUACACGAUUAUGCCGUGCCGAGCAGAUCGCAAAUGGAAAACUACUUCAAAGGAUCAAAUCUGCAGUCCACCUUGCGCAUUCACUCCUUCGCCUAGCUAUUCUAUAUAAUUUGAGUAAAAAAACUGUCAUCGGCUAUAACAGUGCGCGUCUUCAUAAUAUCGAAAUAACAGCUGCAGCAUGUGCCCUCCUUGCCGCUCUCACAGCUCUCAUUUUGUCAUGGCUGACGCACUCACGAUGCCUGCGGCCUUCAUUCACCUUGACCAUUUUCCUCUUCCUCACAUUUCUCCUCAAUGGAGCUCAGUCCAGAACUCUCUUAACCAUAUCACCAUCGUCAUGGGGCAUCGGGUACAUAUUCUCCACCGCAACAUGCGUUAAAGCACUUGCUCUGUUGCUCGAGAGCUAUCCCAAGACCUGGGCAUCUGGGCCAAAACAUCCCAGCCCAGAGCCGACUCUUGGGAUAUUCAGCAUUAUGACCUAUUGUUGGCUGAACCCCCUCAUUCUACUUGGGUCCCGAAAGCUCCUUGGGGUCUCUGAUUUAUAUAAUUUGGAUCCACCAAUGACAUCCAAAGAGCUGGAUCCCAAGUUCUGGGUAUCUUGGAAUACAUCGAGUAAUUGGAAAGGGAAGACCCGAUUGCUUGUUGCCCUUUGGAGGGCGAUGAAGUGGGAGCUGCUCGCGCCCGUGAUACCACGACUUGCAAAGCUUGGUUUUGGCCUUUGCCAACCUUUUCUGAUCCAGGCUGUCGGGCACUUCCUGUCCAACCCCAAGACGUCCGAGUGGGCACCAGAAGGUAGAGCACUCGUCGGAGCAACUGCAGUGAUCUACCUGGGCUCGGCAGGCUCUCUGGGACUGUACCAAUAUUACAACCAGAGGGCAAGCAGCUUCCUUCGUGGCCUCCUGGUCGUCGGAAUUUACAGAAAGACGACAGAGCUGAGGUUGUCGUCGGAUGAUAGUAAGGCGUCUCUGACUUUGGUGAGUGCUGAUGUGGAACGAAUUCAGCAGGGUGCCCACGGAUUUCAUGACAUUUGGGCCAGCAUAAUCGAGUUCUUCAUAGUCGCUUGCUUGCUGUACCUUCAAGUAGGCCUUGCGUUCCUUGUCCCGAUCGCGGUAGCUAGCAUAUGCUUCCUCAUCACAGUGGGCAUUGGGAAAACAGCUCCUCGACUCCAGAGAGCAUGGGUGGACGCCACCGAAAAGCGAAUUGGGAUCACAGCGACUCUUAUUGAGAAUAUGAAAAGCAUCAAGAUUAUGGGAGUGAAUAAACAGCUGGGCGACUUUGUUCAGACCAUGAGGGAUGCUGAGAUUGAUGCGGGCUCAAGUUUCCGCAUGACAAUCAUUUAUUCAGUAACUUGUUCAUAUGCUCCCAUGAUCCUUUCCCCUCUCCUGACAUUCGCAGCAACCAGCAGAGACUUUGACACCACAAGAGCAUUUACUUCACUGGCCUUCAUCAGACUGCUCACGAUACCCCUGGGCAAGUUGUUUCAGCUUCUCCCAGCUUUGGUUUCGGCAACAGCCUGCUUCGAUAGGGUUGCUUCAUACUUGGAGGCCGAAUCCCGUUCAGAUUACCGGCUGAGAUCCUUUGUGCCAUCAGAGGUACCAAAUGGGUCCAAUUCUGCGCGCCCAAGAGAGAAUGACGCACUAAAUAACGAACAUACAACGGCGUCUUCAAACACAACUCCAGCUUUUUCUAUCAAGGAUGGCUAUUUCGGGUGGAGAGACAACAACUUCGUCUUGCGCCAAAUCAACCUGUCAAUUCCCCAAUCAAAAGUCACUAUGGUUGUUGGACCAGUAGCCUCUGGCAAGUCUACAUUCUGCAAGGCUCUUCUCGGAGAGGUUCCUUACGUCAAAGGACACGUUUACUUUACCCCAAGACUCUCGGCAAUCGGAUUUUGCGACCAGUCCCCGUACAUACCGAACGCGAGGCUGCGAGACGUCAUCGUAGGUCACGGUCAGUACGACGAAGUCUGGUAUAAGGAGGUUCUUGAAGCCACGGCUCUAAGUCAAGAUAUCGCCACUUUUUCCCAAGGGGACCAAUCUAUGACUGGUUCGAACGGGUGCAAUUUGAGUGGAGGGCAGCGUCAGAGAGUUGCUAUCGCGCGUGCACUUUAUGUCAGACCAUCGGUGUUCGUUUUUGAUGAUAUUUUCAGCGCGCUAGACAAGAAGACCGAGGAUUCAGUCUUCUCAAAUUUGUUUGGAUCCAAUGGCUUGAUUUGCAGAUUGAGAGCCACUGUUGUCCUCUGCAGUCAUUCAACUAAGCACCUGGCCUGGGCCGAUCUAAUCAUUGCCUUGGGAGCCGAUGGCAAGGUUAAAGAUCAAGGAACGUACCAGGAGCUUAAAGAAAACCAGGAAUAUACGCACUCUCUGGACAUAGUUGAGACUCAGAACGCCAGGGAUGAGCCUGGCGGCUCCGACUCUCAAGAAUCUGACGAUUUACAUGUCGCACAGCCAGAUUCCACACCGGAGUUUGAAAUCGAUAAUCGCCAAAGGCACAUUGGGGAUUUCGCCGUGUACAAGCGUUAUCUAUCCACUCUUGGUCCAGUGUUGCUAUGUCUCUUCUUUCUCUUGACCCUGGCGUACAGUUUCUGUGACCAAUUUGGAACCAUUUGGCUAAAGUUCUGGUCAGACUACAAUACUAAGCACCCUGGUGAUAAAUCACAAUAUGGGUUUUACCUGGGCACUUAUGCUCUGAUUCAGAUAUCUUGUCUGGCUUGCAUGGGCGGAUUUACCGCUGUAACAUGCAUCCAGUUGAUCAAGAACUCUGGCCAUCUCUUUCACUUGCGAGCUAUCAACACGCUGAUGGCUGCGCCUUUAAGUCUAUUUAGCAUGACGCCAUCUGGUAUAUUGCUCAACAGGUUUGCACAAGAUCUCAAUAUCAUAGAUACUGAGAUCAAAGAAUACCUUUCAGAUCUUGUCAUAUGUAUUGAGAUAUCUUUUGCUAUGGCCAUCAUCAUUGCCACAGCGUCCCCAUACGUGGCAUUGUCAUACCCCUUCUUGGGCGUGUUGCUUUAUCUACUUCAAAAGAUAUAUUUGAAAACCUCAAGGCAGCUUCGCUUCCUAGAUCUUGAGACCAAGAGUCCAAUAUUCACCCAUUUGCUGGAAACGCUUUCUGGACUUUCAACCAUCCGGGCUUUCGGCUGGAAUAAUGCCCUCGCAGCCACCAACCACACCCUCGUGGACAAUUCUCAACGCCCUGCAUACCUCCUGGCUCUUAUCCAGAGUUGGCUAGCUGUCAAUCUUGCACUGAUGGUUGCCGUUCUGGCAGUUCUAGUUGUGGCUCUGGUCACAGCCUUUCGUGCAGAUGUUGGUCUUGCUGGGGCAUCCCUAGUUCUAUUAAUGAGUUUCGGUACUCUCCUCUCAAAUACAGUGAACAAUUGGACGCAACUAGAACUAGGCAUGGGUGCAGUGAGCAGAAUGGAAACCUUUUGCGAGACGGUAAAGAACGAAAGCCAGGGCGACGCGGCUGAGAUGCCGUCUAAAGACUGGCCACGGUACGGAGAAAUUAAGAUGAGAGAUGUUUUCGCUUCAUACCAGUAUAUGCAACAUUCGAGAAAUACCUUCAGCGAUCAACCUUAUCCGUCGAUCACCAGAAACCAGGCUCUUGCUGUCAAGGAGCUCAACUUCACCAUCAGGGCCGGGGAGAAAAUCGCAGUGGUUGGACGCACAGGAAGUGGCAAGUCGUCGAUUGUACUCCUUCUUCUACGCCUGCUUGACCCUCUGCCCUCCGACAAUCAGACAAUUACAAUUGACGGGGUACUUCUGAGCAAAGUAGAUCGUGAUACUGUGCGCUCCAGAAUCAUUGCAAUACCGCAAGAUACCUUCUUGCUUCCCGAAGGAACCUCCUGGCAUGUCAACCUGGACCCAUACGCGGUCGCCUCUCUUGACGAAUGCGAGUCAGCGUUGAAGCAAGUCGGGCUGUGGACUUUGAUUCUCGGGCAUGGAGGGUUGGAGGAGCCCAUGAAGGCAGACUUCCUUAGCCAAGGCCAAAAACAACUGUUUGGUAUCGCGAGAGCCGUGCUUCGUGCACGCGUUAGGGCCCGACUGCUCUCCACGCAAGGUGCUCAUGAUACUGGUGCGACGAGACUGGGUGGUGUUGUGCUUCUAGAUGAGGUGUCGGCAAGUGUCGACAGCGUCACAGACUCGCUGAUCCACGAAAUUUUACACCAGGAAUUUGAAGGGUACACAAUUCUAGAAGUCACGCACAAGGAGCACACACUACAGAAUUUCGACCGGGUCAUGGUAUUGGAGAAUGGCGCCAUCAAAGAAUUUCGGGAUGUGGCGAAGUCGUAA